CAAUCUCGUCGAGAGCCUCCCACUUAUCAUGAGUAAAUGGUAGCCUCAUGAUAGAAUGAUAUACCACUUUACCCAAGCUACGUGACUGGACUCUUUCGAACGAUUGAGCAUCAGUGGCUUGGCGUUCUCAUGCUCAAUAGCGAGACUCAUCCGGCCCGUAACACCUUCCCAGAUUUCUGCCGGGGUCUCCAAGAUUUUUUAUUUGCUGCACCAAAACAGCUCCCACUAUUAGCACCACCGCAUCUGUCCACGCACACCGUUUGCCAACAUGGUGUCCCGCAACCCCAACAAGAUCGGCAACAAGAUCAAGCGCAAAGAACAACACGUCAAAGUCAAGCGCGCCAAAGAAAACGAAAAGCGCGAUGACAGACUCCGCCGCCGUCGUACGGAAGACAAGAAUCCUGCUUUGAGAGAAGCGCGCAGAGCAAAGAACAUUCCUCAGACGAUUGAUCGCAAGAGAACUUGGGAUACUGCUGGUGCUGGAGAAGAAGAUGAUCGAUUGGGAUUGAGUGUGGAUUUGAACGCUAUCAAGAGGAGGAAGGUUGAGGAUGGUGAGGAAGAGGAGGAUGGUGCAGAGGAAGAGGAGGAAGAGAAAGACAGCGAUGUAGACUCUAUGGUCGACUUUGACGAGGAAGACGAAGAACUGGACGAAGACGCCAAAGCAGCAAAACAGCUCAAGAAGGACGAAGAGGCCGCCGCAAAGAAGACACGCGCACCCUCACCAACACUGUCAACAGCCGCCACGAAUCUGUCCCUCACCCCCGAAGGCCUUGCUUCCAAAUUCCCCUCUCUCUUCGAAAACACAGGAAGAGACCCCAAGGUGCUCGUCACAACAAGCAUCAACUCGUUCCUCCACGAAGAAGCCGCUCUCCUCACAUCCCUCUUCCCAAACUCCGUCUACAUCAAACGCACCGCCCACUUCCACGCCCACAAAUACUCCGUCUCGGAGAUCUCCUCCUUCGCAAGCAACAGGAACUACACCCACGUAGUCAUCCUAAACGAAGAUCAGAAAAAGCCAAAGGGAUUAGAUAUCGUCCACCUGCCCCACGGCCCCAUGUUCCACUUUUCCAUAAACAACUGGGUCGAAGGUGCCAAACUCCCCGGCCACGGAAACCCAACCUCCCACGAUCCAGAACUCAUCCUCAACAACUUCCGUACCCCCCUUGGUCUGCUAACCGCCCACCUUUUCCGCCAAAUUUUCCCCCCUCAACCUCAAAUCCAGGGUCGUCAAGUCGUCACCCUGCACAAUCAGCGCGAUUAUAUUUUCGUCCGCAGACACAGAUAUGUAUUCAGAGAUAAGCGUGCCACCGAAAAGAGUAUCGUGGGUCCGGAUGGAAAGCUAGUGGAAGGUGUAGAGGAUAUUAGAGCUGGAUUACAAGAGCUGGGACCGAGAUUUACACUCAAACUGAGGAGAAUCGACAAGGGAAUUCAGAGGAGGAGUGGACAGGAGUGGGAGUGGAAGGCUGGUGAUGAAAAGGUUAGGACGAGAUUUGCUCUGUAGAUAUGAGGGACUCAUAUAUUUGUCUUGCGAGAAUCCACUUUUCUGUCCCAC